UACUACUACUUUGAAUAACAAGAUGGCGUUCUGCAGAGUGUUGUUAAAUAGUCAAACUUUUUGCCGUGUUAACCAUCACUUUAUAAUAAAAAAUACCCUUUUACCAUCAGUUAUUGGGGUGAACAUACAACAGAAAAGAUCGUACGGAAAAGGUUAUGCGAGGUUUUUAAAAUGCAUGAAAUUAAGGCGUAAGAUUGCCGGUCCGGAUCGUGUGCGACGGAGAAAUGAAUGGUUUAAUUGGAAUUAUGAAGCUGAAUUAUAUGGUUUCGUCCAACGUUUACAUGAAAACAUAACAGAAAAUACUUUAAGAUGUGCUUUUAUUCACGAUUCUUAUAUACAGCUUGAAAACGAAAAACGGAAGAAACUGGAUAUGCCUCUGCAAGACGUGCAACUUGACAUCAAAUCGAACUCUGCUCUUAUUUCAUUAGGAUAUGAAACAACGAGUAAUUACCUCAAAAAAUAUCUUAGGCAUUGCUUUCAGUUCUUACCCGAAGAAGGUUUAUGUGCUUUGCAUAAUUAUCUUUUAUCUGAUGAAGUAUUAUCCCAUAUUUCAUUUAACAUUGGAACAUCAGAGUUAAUAUUUUGUGCAGAAUACCCUCCUUCAAAAUCUACAUUAGCUGAUACUUUAAAAGCUAUUAUUGGAGCCAUAGCUUUAGAGGAUGGAGUGGCGCGAGCUGAAAACUUUGUUCUUGAUUUCAUUUGCCCUCAAUUAAUUGCAAAGGAUGUGUUUGAAAUUUGGGACUUAGAAGAUCCACUAAAUUUACUAAAUUCUAUUCUGCGAAAUAAUGGUUGUGAACCCAGUGAAUCGCGUCUGAUUUUUGAAUCUGGUCGAAAUACCCUUGAAGCCAUAUAUCAUGUUGGACUCUAUUCUAAUAAAGAAUUUUUAGGUAGAGGUCCGGGUGAAACUCUAGCUAUUGCUGAAGAAAUGGCUGCAUAUGAUGCCUUAAGAAGGCUGUUUCGUGUGACUGAGCAUGAGAAGCCACUACCUUUUGGACAUAAGUAUACAAAAAUUGAUUUCCACGAAACUACACAACAGUCUUCCAUUAGUCAGUCUUAAGUCUUCUGUAACGAAAGAUUUUUUUUUUAUCACCAAGUACAGCAAAUGUUGUAGCCAUCAACAAAAUUUAAUUAUUCUUACAUAAUAAGUGCAAACUGUAUUUUUUAAUAUGGUUGAAAAAGUUUUUACUUGUUUAGCUUCUAUCAGCAGUAUUUUAAAAAUUCAGGAUUUAUUUGUAUUCCACUGAUGUUCCAUUUUUAGAAAGGCAAGAAACAUUUGUUUUCCAUAUGGAGUUGUGUGUUAUAUAAAGAAAAAAUUUCGUAACUGUUAUUUAUUCUUGUGCUACUUUUAAUUUAAAAAAAUACUCAUAGAAUACAUGCUUUUCUUUUCUAAGAUUUAAAAGUAAAGUUUUUAUACAUGAACAAAACUUAAGAAUGUGACACAAUGAAAAUUCAGGCAGUUCAGUAGAAUUAAAAGAAAAAUACCAAAAACUGUAACAGACAGUUAAAUUUACUGUUUAAUCAAAUUCAUUGGGGGGGGGAAGAUUGCUAAAAACUCGUGAAUUUUUUUAUAUUGCAUGCACUACAUUUCUGUUAACU